AUGGACGUCUCUUCUGGCCGACACGCAAUCGCGGCCCUCCUCGAAGGACGCAUGGGUCUGGUUUGCGAGCUCCAUUAUGGUCGCACGAUUAGAGGCAACGAUCCUGUUGAGGUUCACGUUGACGUUGAUGGCCAAGAGAAGGGCACCGCAUCAGCAUCUAUUCAGACCAGCUGUGUCAACGACUAUGAGACCGGCGACCACCUGUACUUUCUUUCACCAAGACCAGCCUUUGAAUCGGCCAAGAAGCUGCGUCUCAUAUCCAGUGCAGCCCAUCCAGAAGACCGGCCCGCCAUUAGCCGUAAAUUCUUUGGUCGCCCUACUAUGAGCGCUUUCUGGGGUUCAUUUGGGUUUGAAUCUGCGUCGAACCAACCAGGAUCGCCGAACUGCGAUCACUAUCAUGCUGUUCCCCUGAGCGACGGAUACCACAUUCUGUUCAUCGACCCAGCCAAUGGCCUACUAACAUUAGGCUGCGACGCACCGCUUGGUGGACCCACGAAACUCCUUCGCAAGAUCACAUUCAUCCCACCGGAAAAGUAUAUGGUACCAAGGCUGUACAUUGCGGCUGCGGACUUGUCUCAGGGUGUUCGCGUCGUUGUGACUUACGGCGAAACCCUCGUGUUGUAUAGCGUCCCCCCGGAUGUCAUUCAACUAUCACAGAUGGAGCAAAAUGUUAAGAGCUGGGAGUCUUACACUGCCUCUACGAAUCUAACAUUGAGGCACCAGAGGGAUCAUUGGCUCAAAUAUGGCACGGAAAUCGGAAGAUUGAUAGGCGUCUGCGAGCUCGCAAUACAAACUCAGCCGGAGAUUUUGGUUUGGGCUUUCACGCAGACGUCUAGAUGCAAAACGUGGCGUCUACAAGAUUACACCAGGCCUGUUCGUGUUACCCAGAGGUAUGCCUGCCAAAACGGCAUUAUACACAACUCCUUCUCUACCGAAGAGGCCGGGGAUGUCAACAUGACAGACGUACCACACGCUACAUCGGUCAGGAAACCAGUCGAUGUCCACCCCACGGGUGACGAAACUGAGACGUCUCAAGCACAGAGAUCGUUUCCCAUUGGAUUUGACGGGAAUGGUUCCGGCAUCUUCAAGAGGAUUCCUAGAGCACUAGCUGUGGAGAGUGAUGAAUGGGUGGAUUACUUGGAUGUAAGAGGUUCUUCGGAGGCACGGUAUGGGGCCAAUGGCGACGUGGAGAUGUGGUACUGA